AUGAACAGACAAAGAAAUAACAGAGCAGCAAAUAAUCAAAACAGAAGAGAUCGAGUGGUCGAAAGAGAUAACCUUGUUGCAAAUAUAAAUAGAGCUAGGAUUUUUCCUCCCUAUGUUCAAAACCCAAACAGAAUCCUUUCGCUUUUACGCCGCAAUAGUCGACGUCCAAAACGUAAAUAUCAUGGCUAUGAUUUAAUUUACGUCAUUACUAAGGAGGAAGCCAGAAUUCACAAUCAUGUGACAGAUGAUAUUAUUGUUAGGAAUGUUGCUAACGUAUUAUGGAGAGAGAGUACCAGAGGUCAGAAAGAACAAUAUAUUUCUCUUGCACGUGACGUAAACUAUUUAAUUUAA